AUGGUGCCUCCGCCGAAGAGUUCUGGUUUGACUGGUGGUGCCGCCGAUGACAAGGAGUUGCUACAAACCUAUCAGACCUGGAAAGGCAACAAUGUAUGUACCUUUACCCUUUCAAAUCUUGGAAUGUUUGGUGUAGAUCACUUUGAUGCCAUUUUACUGCCAGGAACUGUAAGUGCAAUCAUGGCUGUUGGAGCAUCUCAGCCCUCUGUAGUUGCUACAAAGGACGGUCGGAUUGGCAUGAGAAGUCAGAUGCAGGUUAAUCUCUUGUUUAUUUCCACUAUUAAUCAUCGUGUCAUAUACGGUUCCGAUCUAGCUUCAUUCUUGCAAUCUCUAGCUCAGUUAAUCGAGGACCCUAAAGAUCUUACCCUUUAG